UCGCGGCGCGGCGCCCGCGCGGUUCGAGCGCGGCCAUGGCGGAGCCGGAGCCGGAGCCGGAGCGGGGCCGGGAGCCGGUCACGGCCGAGGCCGUGCUGAGGGAGCUGCGGCUCUUCGAGCUGCGCUGCCAGGGCGAGGAAGUGCCCGACAAGCUGGUGGAGCUGUGCCUGAGCCACGGGCUGGGCCCGGUGGCCUUGGCCAACGAGCUGCUGGCCUUCGUCACCAGCAAGGACCUGGAGCCCCAGCUCACCCCCGAGGGGCUGGACGCCUUCGAGCACGAGGUGCUGGCCAGGCGCGGCCGGCGCGGCCGGGACGAGCGCCGGGGGCUCCUCCACGACAUCCACUCGCUGCAGGAGCUGCUCAGCGAGGAGCAGGAGGACGAGCUGCUGGACGCCUACAGCACCCCAUCCAAGGGCUCCCAGAAACGCGGCAAUUCCACCCCGGAGACGCCCCGGCCCAAGCGGGCGCCGCCCUCCCGCAGCCCCUACGGGCUCUUCUCCCCCGGCAGCUUCUCCCCGAGUGUCACCCCCUCCCAGAAAUACUCGUCGCGCGGGGGCCGGGGCGAGGUGGUGGCGGCGCUGGGGGCGGCGCCGGGCGGGGCCUGGAGCGGGCGCGGCGGCUGCAGCGUGCGGCGGUUCGGGGAGCCCGAGCGCUGCCUCGCCCGAGGAUACAAGUUCAUGUUCCAGAGAGCGCUGGACCUGCGGGAAGUGCUGGCUGGGAGGGUGGAGGAGCUGGGGGAGGUUCUGCGGAGGCACCACGGCCUCGACGGCUUCAGCUCGACUGCACUGCCAGCUCAGGAGCCGGUGACGGUGCUGGGGCAGAUCAGCUGUGAUGGCAAUGGGAAGCUGAACCCCAAAUCUGUGCUGCUGGUGGGGGACAGGGAGCACUCAGGGGGGGCCCAGGUGCCCCUGGACCUCUCAGAGCUGCCAGAGUAUUCCCUGUUCCCAGGGCAGGUGGUGGCUCUGGAAGGCACCAACAGCUCUGGCAGGACAAUGGUGGUGUCCAGGCUCUAUGAGGGGGUCCCUCUGCCCUUCCACAGCCCCACGGAGCCCAUGGCAGAGCAGAGGUUGGUGCUCCUGGCCUGUGGCCCCUUCACGCCCUCGGACGGCGUCGCCUUCGAGCCCCUCAGUGACCUGCUGGGGGUGGUGGCGCGGGACCGGCCCGACGUGUGUGUGCUGUUUGGGCCGUUCCUGGACGCCAAACACGAGCAGGUGGAGAGCUGCCAGCUCCCGGGCUCCUUCUCGGACGUGUUCAGGCUCUGCCUCAGGACCAUCAUCGAGGGCACCCGCAGUGCUGGCUGCCAGCUGGUGCUGGUCCCCUCUGUCCGGGACGUCACCCACGAGUUCGUGUACCCGCAGCCGCCCCUGCCCCUCCCGGAGCUGCCCAAGGAGGACAGAGCGCGCGUGCUGCUGGUGUCCGAGCCCUGCACGCUGGACAUCGAGGGCGUGGUGCUGGGCCUCACCUCCACGGACGUGCUGCUGCACCUGGGGGCCGAGGAGAUCUGCAGCUCCUCCGGGAUCAGCGAUCGCUUCACGCGGAUCCUGCGGCACCUCCUGACCCAGCGCAGUUUCUACCCGCUGUACCCGCCCUCCGAGGAGCUCCCGCUGGAUCUGGAGGCGCAGGCGGCGCUGGCGGCGCUGCCGGUCACGCCCGACGUGCUGGUGACGCCCUCGGAGCUGCGAUUCUUCAUCAAGGACGUCCUGGGCUGUGUCUGCAUCAACCCCGGGCGCCUGACCAAGGGCCGGGCCGGGGGCACCUACGGGCGGCUGCUGCUGAGGAGGGACGGACACGGGGACGGACAUGGGGACAGACAUGGGGACAGACACGGGGACAGCAGCAGGGAGCAGCCUGGGGACACCAGGGACAGCCCUGGGGACAGUCCCAGGGACAGUCCCAGCCCCCGCAGCAGCCCCUGCGUGGCCGCCCAGGUCGUGAGGAUUUGAACUCCCAGCUCUGCCUGUUCCCCACCAAGGCUGCAGGACCAGGAACUGGGGCUAAAACCCCUGGAAUUUGGGUUAAAACUCCAGGGAUUUGGGUUAAAACACCUGGGAUUUGGGUUAAAACUCCUGGGACUGGGGCUAAAACUCCUGGGAUUGGGGUUAAAACUCUUGGAAUUCAGAUUAAAGUUCCAGGAAUUUGGGUUAGAACUUCUGGAAUUCAGGUUCAAACUCCUGGGAUUCUGGUUAAAUCUGAAAUUUGGGUUAAAACUCCUGAAAUUCAGGUUCAAACUCCUGAAAUUCCAGUUAAAACUAAAAUUUGGGUUCAAAUUCCUGGAAUUCAGGUUAAAAUUGAAAUUCAGUUCAAACUCCUGGAAUUCUGGUUAAAACUCCAGGGAUUGGGGUUAAAACUCCAGGAAUUCGGGAAGGGGAAUCCGGGCGUGGGAUCCUCCCUGUCCUGGUCUCACCCCCUGUCUGGCCUCAUUAGGGGACUUGGAGUUUAAUUAGUCCAAACCCAAUUAAUUACAGAUUCCUGGUGCUGCUGCGUCCCAGGAAAAACCAGCUUCAGGUCUGGCUUUGAGUCUUUUCCCAAACUUUUUACCCCAAAUUUAUGAUGAUGAAGGUGAAAAUAAAUUAAAAGUUUCUGCUUG